CAAAACAUCCAGAAGAGCGAUGGAGGAACACUAUGUCAAUGUUGAAACUGACAAACCCCUUGACCCAAGAUCUUCAACAAAACAAAAGGGUUGCAGGUCAGAGAGGACAUUUGUUCGAGCAGUUGUUCUCUGUCCAACUAUUUUCCUGCUGGCUGGGAUCAUCCGCCAUUUCACUACCUUGACUCAGUACAUGGUUCGGCUGCAGAGCUCUCCACUAUGAAAGCCAAGCUGACCUCCAUGACUGAAGAGAGAGACCGACUGAAUGUCAGCCUCACUAUAAUGACCAGAAAAUUGGACAAGCUUCAGAGUUUGUCACAGAACCUUGACUCAGUACGGGAUUUGGCUGCAGAGCUCUCCACUAUGAAAGCCAAGCUGACUGAGCGUCUCCAGGACAGCAAUACCAAGCUGACCUCCAUGACUGAAGAGAGAGACCGACUGAAUGUCAGCCUCACUGAAACAACCAGAGAGUUGGACAGGCUUCAGAUUUCGUCCAAACAGAACCUUGACUCAGCACAUGGUUCAGCUGCAGAGCUCUCCACUAUGAAAGCCAAGCUGACCUCCAUGACUGAAGAGAGAGACCGACUGACUGCUAGCCUCACUGUAAUGACCAGAAAGUUGGACAGGCUUCAGAUUUCAUCCAAACAGAACCUUGACUCAGUACGUGGUUCGGCUGCAGAGCUCUCCACUAUGAACGGCAAGUUGACUGAGCGUCUCCAGGAUAGCAAUACCAAGCUGACCUCCAUGACUGAAGAGAGAGACCGACUGACUGCUAGCCUCACCGAAAUGACCAGAGAGUUGGACAGGCUUCAGUGUUUGUUACAGAAAGAGUCACAGAAUGGUGUGGUCACAGAUCCGCCUGCUGUUCUGGUUUGGGAGUGGCCCGGCUCUAUAUCAGACAGCAUGACAGAAUCAGAGAAAACGUGUCCUGCAGGAUGGAGGAAGUUCAGUUCUGCCUGUUAUCUCUUCUCUAAUGAGGCCCGCUCCUGGGAUAGAGCUAGAGAGGACUGCAGACAAAGAGGAGCAGAUCUGGUGGUCAUAAACAGUGAUGAAGAACAGACAUUUCUCUUUGGGUUAUUAAUCAACCAAGAUACUUGGAUUGGUUUGAAUGACAGAGACGAGGAGGGGACCUGGAAAUGGGUAGAUGGAACUCCACUGACUCAGACGAACUGGGGGCAGUCGCAGCCUGAUAAUGGUGGUGGAUAUAUGGGCGAAGAGGACUGUGCAGAAAUCAGAAAAUAUUUCUCUGACUGGAACGACCUAUCAUGUGAGGUUUCUAAUCCCUGGAUUUGUGAGAAAAAAGCUUAACAUUAUUGUAUGUUUUGAGAUCACAAAUGCAAUCAUACUUUUGCAAUUUAAGCUUUGACUGUGCAAGUUCUUUGGUAACAUGUGUUCUUGUAUGUAUGUGGUGGUGUUGGUUUAGAGUUCAAUACCAGGGCUGCCACCAUUGUGGCCCUGAGCAAGACCCUUAACCCUGAGUUGCUCCAGGGGGAGCCCCGUAGUUAGUUCACUGUAAGUCGCUCUGAAUAAGAACGUCUGUGUGUCUGUGUAAACAUAUACAAUUUGUAUUUUAACUACAUGAAAACAGUUGACAGGUGAAGAGUGCGAGCAUGUAAAGGUGUCUGUUACCUGUUUGUAUCAAAGAAUGUUCUUAUAAACUGCAAUGUAAUGUUCUUUUCAGUCUUGUGUGCGUCUUCCCCGGGAGAACAUGGAGGCUUUUAUUUACACGCAAUAAAUAAUCCU